UGUUUUGUCCCUAUAAAAAUCUGAAUGGCUAAUCCCUUUUUCCUCUCAUCCUCUCCAUUUUCUCACUCUCUUUUCUCUCCCAUCCGCCAUUGAAACCUCUCCCACCAAACCUUCUCAUCAUUCUACGCUUCUUCACACCACUCUAUCUACUAAUCGAUUCGGCAGCUUAGCAUAAUAAAAUGGCUCUAGACCAGUACUUUGAAGAGGCCAUGCCUCAAAACAACUCCAUGGAAGAAACUAAAUCUUCCUGCCAGAAGUGGAAAUCUUUCUCCAAAGACGGGGAUAACAAUCCUUCCACUGGCUUUGACUGCAACAUCUGCUUAGACACAGUGCACGAUCCGGUGGUCACGCUAUGCGGUCACCUAUUCUGCUGGCCCUGCAUUUACAAAUGGCUCCAUUUCCAGAGCACCCAAGAAGAGCAACAACAGCAGCAAUGUCCCGUGUGCAAAGCUGAAGUCUCACAAGCCUCUUUGGUCCCUCUGUACGGCCGUGGCCAAACCACAAAGCCCUCUAAAGGCAAGGCUCCAAAUCUUGGCAUAGUCAUACCAAAAAGGCCUCUCGGUCCCUUUUAUGGCGUCGACUCACCUAGUGUAUUAACAAGUCCGCACAUGAGUCAGCAAUUUUAUCGCUAUCCUCAUCAGUCACAACUAAACAGUUCUCGUCGGGGCAGUCACGCUCCCUCACCGAUGCUGAGCCCCAGCGGCGUCGCGACGAACCUGUUUGAUCCCACCAUUGGAAUAUUCGGCGAGAUGAUAUAUGCACGGGUGUUUGGUAAUUCGAUUACAAAUCUCUACACCUAUCCAAAUUCAUACAAUCUUGUGGGGAACGCUAGUCCAAGAGUACGAAGGCAUGUAAUGCAGGCUGAUAAGUCGCUCGGCAGAGUCUGUUUUUUUCUCUUCUGUUGCUCAGUUCUGUGCCUUCUUUUGUUCUGAGUAGCUUUUAUCUUUUUGUCAUCGGUUGUAUUUACACAUGUAAAAAUUACGAGUCUAAAGAGUAAUGGAAAAAAAAAAAAAACUUGGAACGAUUUUCCGAUGUUA